AUGGCAGUUCCAAGAAACUCUCUUCGAGCUUUCCUUGGGCAGGCGAAAGUCAACUUACAAAGAGCCAUCAGUAAGAAUGAAAAGGUCACUUUGGUCAUAGGAAAUGAAUCCGCAGACCUCGAUUCGAUCACCAGCUCAAUUGUCUAUGCAUAUCUAAGAUCCAUCACAUCUUCUGCACAGUCUCCCGCUACUUUGCAUGUCCCGCUUUUGAACAUACCCAAAGCCGACAUCAACUUGAGACCAGAAUUGCUUGCUCUGCUGCCACACGCCAACAUUGAACAAGACCAACUCAUCACUCUAGACGACCUGCCCGAUCUCGAUGACAUGAAACAACUUCUGUUACCGGAGUCCACUAGAUGGGUCUUGGUUGACCACAAUGCGUUGCAAGGAAAACUUGGCGCCAUCUAUGCUGACCGCGUUGUCGGCGUUGUUGACCACCAUACAGACGAGGGCAAAGUGCCAAAGGAUACCGGCUCUGAGCCUCGUCUGAUUACAACCAGUGGAAGCUGCACAAGUCUAGUCAUCAAUCAUUGCCGUGAAGCUUGGGAUAGACUGUCAUGUGGUACCUCUUCCACUGGAGCGGCACAAGCACAAGGUGACACCUUGAUGGAAGACGAAGCAGUGACCUCCCUUUGGGAUGCACAAGUAGCGCAGCUUGCCCUCGCAUCUGUAGUCAUCGAUACCCUGAAUCUGCAAGACGAGCACAAGACCACAGAACACGACGAGCGUGCAGUCACAUAUCUUGAAGCAAAGAUCAACCAAUGCGCUAAGAUUGGUGGUCGAUUCGAUAGAACCACAUUCUUCAACAAGAUCAAUGAUGCUAAGAAGGAUCUCAGCCCUCUUACAUUCGAAGAGAUCUUGAGAAAAGACUACAAACAAUGGACCGAGAAUGGUCUGAACUUGGGAACAAGCGCUGUCGUACAACCUAUCAGUUUCCUCAAGAGCAAGAUCAACAAGGACUCUGACUCCAACGACUACAAGGCUUUGCUGGAAGCUUCGAAGAAGUUCGCCAAGGAGAGAGAGUUGUGUGUGUUCUCUAUCAUGACAGCAUAUGAAGCAGAAAACGGCGGCUUUGCCAGAGAACUAGCUGUCUUAGCUGUGGAUGACAGAGGAUUUGCCGCAUGCAAAAAGUUCUCGGAUUCUUCUAGCGAGAAACUCCAACUAGAUGGGUCUGAUGCCGAGGAGAAUGGUGAACACUGGUUCCAUGUCUGGAAGCAAGGCAAUCUCUCGUGUAGCAGGAAGCAGGUCGCCCCUCUGCUUAGAGAAGCCAUGUCAGCUUGA